UUUUCCAACUGAAGACCUAAUUCUCUUGUUUGCUCGUGAUGUUUGUGAAGUUUGGUAAUCGGUUCCUGAUCUUGUGUACAUUGACGGUGGCAUUCCUAUCGACAGGUAAGCAAAGAAAGGCAAAUUCAAUGUAUUUGUCUUCUCAAUAAGGGCCUCGAUUAUGUAAGAACCCAAAAAACACGAGUCAAUCCAGAAGAAGUUGGAUUAUAAUGCACCCCCAUUAAAUGUUAAGGCUACGUCCAAUAGGUCGUAUUCCGUAGUAUUAAAGGGGUAUACACAGAAAAACCAACUUAUCGGGAGAUCGUGGAUGCAACGGACGUCAGAAGCCUCCUACUCAUUGUCGAUCAAGAUGUGAAACAGUUCAGAGGACAAUCAUUUAGAAUUUCUACAGUCAGAGCCAUUAUUCAGAAUGCCAGAGUGCGACACAAUCAAACGCGCAUUUAGAAAAUACGCACGAUACCUUCUGGGUUUUUCUGUGUUGUCGUUUUGGAAAAGAUAGUUUCUGGGAGUUUCCUGCCUCAGUAUUUAGAAACAUGUGUAUCGCCAAUGCCUCGGCGAAACUCGGGGGAGGAUUGCGCGUAAAAUGAUAGGGAGGGGAGGGUGGGAAAGAAAUAUUGCAUUGAUACAUAGGCACGUAUCACGUCCAGGCCACAUGAUUUCGCGAAUUUAAUCAUUUUCUCGGAAGCGUUUAUCUUAAUUUGAGAUUGUUGUUGUCGUUGUUGUCUUUAUCUUUAAUCGGUUAAUUGCUAAUAGUAUAAGGCUAAUCUACCGGUUGCCUGUACCUUAAAAGCUUCAUUCUAUGGAUUAAAUUUUGUUGCUGAGUUGUUGCCUGCCUCUGUUUCAAUUUGUGUGUCAUUUCGGGACAUCAGUUUGGCUUAACAUCAACCAGGGGCAAGACUGUUAUUUUUUUCUCCGAAACUUGGCACCUUUCAUCAAUAGGGCUACAAUACAUGCUAAUUCAUUUUUCUCCCAUUUUAUACACAGUGAACAGUUUAAAAUGUCACCACUGCCUCAGCUCCUUAUCAGCUGCCAACUGCAGUAAAUCCAGCAAGGAAACGAAAUGCCCGGAUGCAGCGGACAGCUGCGCCAAUAUUUCCACUGAGGUUUACACAGAAACUGGAUCCCUCAAAAGCUUCUUCUAUGGCUGCGCGACUCAGCAGAUGUGCAGCGAUGCGAAAGAAAAGCUUACAAUUUGCGACACCAUUAAACAGAGGGGCUAUAAAGUCGAGUGCAACAUCACUUGCUGCAGUACAGGGGAUUUUUGUCUUCCACUUCCCGAUACAUCAGGAGUCACACUGGAAUUAAGCCGCUUCUUGGUAGCUACUUACGCAUUCUUCAUCUUGUUAAACUAUAUAAUUUAGGAAGAUUUGUCUGCUUUCGUUUCGGCGCAGUUGCAGAGACAGCGACCCUGAUCCUUUCUUGUACAGGUAACCGUUCGAAACCAGCCGCUGAGACUAUAUUCUAUCCUGUAACAACCGCAUAUACACCUAUAUACUGUUGACGCUUAAUGCCACAGCAACUCAUCUCCUGUUAAACAUUUUACAAACAGCCCUUGGACAAACAGAAAACAGUAGUUUAGUUUAGAUCAAGAUUACUUUCGCGCGAAGGGCUUACACCUUGCACGUAUAGUCUCACUCUCUGUUUUAAUUUCAUCCUCACUCCACGAGACCUUUAUGCAAAAAAUACGGGCUGUUUUGCAGUUUGCUAGUAGCAGCAGGUUAUAUACUGCUGAACCUUAAUGUCGGAGCAGCUCAACUCCUUUAAAACAUUUUACAGACAGCCAAUGGACAAGCAGAAAAUUGUCUAGUGUAGAUCAAGAUGCUCUAUUAAACCUCCUUACUUUAAAUACAUUGUCUGUGCAGGUAAAAGAAAUGAAACGAUGAUCAACAACUGAACUGUAUACUCAACCACAGUAUCGUCUAUCAGUACAUAUGAUGUUAGGAAACGUAAGAUCCGGCGAAGGCGACAGCAACCAGAACGUCAAAAAAGCAAUAGGUAUGAUAAAGAAAACAACGAAUCUGCCUAUACACUCACACUUUUUGGGGUACAUUUCUUUGCCGUCACUGUACGACUUUGACGAGAAAAUGCCUGAUUUCUCGUUUUACUGGGGAUGCAAACAACUAUCGGCGAAAUUUCCUUUGUCUUUCUGAACUUGGAUGUGGUUCUAAGGAAUUCAACUCCAGGAGGGUUUAAAUUUUGCCAGAACUUGAAAAAUUGCAAUAGAGAUUAAAAUGGCAUAAUCGUGAUGACGAUUGAAAUAAUGCGAAUUCACUUUCCAAGCAACCGGUUUUCGCUGCCGUGGACGUUCUCGGAUCUCAAGCUUCCUUACGUACCGUAAAUGAUCUAAUUGCGGGCAACAAGAGGAGCCCACAGACUAUUAUUGGUCAGCGGCACAUUUUAGACUGUAUAACGAGGUUUUUCCAAAAUCUGUCCACAUUCUUGGGAUACCUGUGUUCUGCGUACUUAUAUGCAUGGCAUGUGGCCGAGAAGGCCCUAGUGUUGAGUAUAAGGUCCAUUUGAUGUCACAGUAAUCACGUGAAAUGCAAAUGCACUCUCAUGCAACAAUAUUUGUUCGGUUCGAAAACGUACAUAUUAAAUUCAGCUAUACACGUAAUGUACUAAAUGCGAGACUUAAUUAAUUUUUCGAUUCACCUUGCCGGCCAGAAAUCUAUUUACCGAGGGAAAUGAAAAGUAGAGCGAGCCUGAUCUCAGCUUAGUGCGGGAAGGGUCUUCGGUAGGAUACUGGUGAUUGCAAGGUUUACAAAUCCAUGUAAAGAAGCUAAUACAGGUUACACUACGGUGCAUGGUUUUUAUAUUGCUAUACGUUUCCAAGCAUGUUACGUCGCUUGUCAUCUGAAAGCUUCAAUAGGAUCCAAUAGGUUUUUUGAUGAUUUUCUAUUACAUUUCAACGACCUUUGGUCAUUGAACACGGAUUGAAUAUUCGAUUGACUAGACUUCAAGUAGUCAUGACUGUAUACAUUCCUAGUUGAGCAUUGUUUAAAAUGUCACACAUUACUGUUUUCAUUGUACAGUUUGCCUCUGCGAAUAAAGCCGUCUCUCCCCGCUUCUCACCCUUCGCAGGCUAAUUGUAUCUAAGCCACUG